AUGUGCACGCCGACGUAUCGUCUGAGCGAAAUUGGCGGAACCGGCACUGAGCUUUACUUCCGCACUUUGAUGAACCUCGGCUUCAUCUUUGCCUACAUGGCCGCGGCGACAGGACCCUUGGUGGCCUUUUGCAUGCUUGGAAACUUCGGGCCCGACACGGGCCAGUUCCUGCUGAAGACGACCAUUGGAAAUCUGGGCGAGUUCGUGGAGGCAGACAUCAUCGACCCCUGGAAUCGGGUUGUGCGGCUGGGCUGCGAAGGCACGGAGAUUCACAACUUGACGGGAGUGUUUGGCUGGCUGGAUUUCGCUGCAGUGGUGAUCUUCUUGCUCUACUGCAUCUGGGCCCGCUUCAUCCAGAUACCAAGGACUGCGACGCAGGACGAGCUGGAGCAAGUAACGCCACGCGACUUUUCGGUGAUGAUCGACUGCCUGCCGUACAAGAUUGAGGACCAGAAGAACUAUGAAUCGCUUCUGGAGCAGCAUCUCGUGAGCCGAAUCCAGUAUGCACGAAGCCGUCGCCAUGCCUCCGCCGAUUUGCCUGAUCCGAAGGUUUGCGAGCUGACGUUGGUCCGCGACUACAACGGCAGGCUGCAUGAACUGAAAGAUCGGGCCGAUCUAGUGCUUCGCACUGAGAUCGCAGAAAAGUACAGCGAGAAGACGGGGAAGCAAGGCCGCGUGGACAAGCUGAAGAGUCGGCUGGAGAAGCUGAAUUUCAAGGUUGGCACGAAGCUGGAUGCCGAGGAGGACUUGCCAGUGGUCCGUGCCUAUGCCAUCCUCCAGUGCACCGACGAUGUGGCCAAUCUGUUGUUCGACUACCGAUUUGCCCGCUACAAGCUCUUCAAGCUCUGCCAGUUCCGGGCCCGGCGCUUUCAGGGCAGCGCCAUCCGGAUCACGCACGCGCCGCAGCCGACGGACAUCAUCUGGGAGAACCAGGACAUUCCUUGGUACAGCCGCCUCUGGCGCCAAGCUUUCGUGUUGCUGCUCUUCGUGAUCAUCCUCUCCAUCUCGCUUUGCCUGAUCUAUGUGACCACGGUGGCGGGUAAAGCCACUGCAAAGUCUCAGGUGAGCUACCUCGGGGUGCCGGAGUGCGAUCCAGCAGGUGAUCAGGUGGACCUCCAAGGGAACACGCAGUACAAGUGCUUGCUCACCACGGCCGCCAACUGGACACAGCAAUAUGCAGUCGGGGAAGGCGGCGACAUACUAAGCUGCUGGUGCACUGCCCAGGGGUAUGAGGCGCUGCUCGGCGACCCAGGGUUGCUGGAAGCAUGCACCCCAUGGCUGUGGGAACUGGCGACAUCCGUGGGCAUUGCCUUCGCGUCAUCGACCAUUGUAAUGGUGAUCAACGUGGUGUUGCAGCUUGUGCUGGUCUACCUCGCAGAGUUCGAGCGGCCUCUUUCACAUACCAGCCUAAACAGCUCCAUGAUGAAGAAGGCCUUCUGGGCCCAGACCCUGAACACCGGAUUUGUUCUCUUCUUCGUGAACUACUUCGCACCCGAGGCCCUUCAAACUGCAGUCCUCAUCAUUCCUGGUGUAGGAAACCUUCUCUUUCGUGGUCCCUUUGCAGAGAUCACCCGCGGAUGGUACGCCAUCGUUGGUGUCACCAUCGUCAUGAACAUGCUCCUCAACUGCUUCGUGCCGUCUUGCGUGACUGUCGCGAAGAUGGUCGUCAACGUCUUCAUGAGGUGCUUUUGCAGACGGGGUGUCGCUCACCAGGCGGAGCUGCUACAGCUCUAUACCCACCCAGAGUUUGACAUCAAGCAGAAGUACGCACAGCUCCUGACCACCGUCUUCGUGACACUGAUGUAUGGAGCAGGCCUGCCUCUGCUCUACUUCUUAGCAGCUGUCUUCAUGUUCUGCCAGUACUGGGCAGACAAGUACUGCUUGCUUUGGGGCUCCCAGAGGCCUCCGCACUAUGAUACCUUGAUGGCCAAGGAGGCCAUCGAAAGCAUGCUCUACGCUGUUCCGUUUCAUUGUGUGCUGGCAGUUCUGAUGUAUGGUCAGACGUGCGUCUUUCCGUCCAACCCUUUGGGAGGAUCAUUGGGAGACUUGGUGGAUCAGGGAUCCGGCUACACGCCCGGCAUUCUCCAACAGUUCCUGCCACAAGUCACGCGCCAGUCCACGUGGAUGUUUUUCUGCCUCUUCGUGAUCCUUGUGGCCUUGUGGGUCCUUUGGCUGGUGUUUUGGAUCAUUGGUGGUACUGCCGGCACUGCCUGGGAUCUGCUAGUUGCAGUCUGCUGCCCGCGCUGGAAGAGGAAGCAGCCGAGCAAGGAUGAGAUACUGGCAGCUCUGAAAAAAGGCGAGAGGACGCUCAAUGGGUAUUCCAUCGAUGUCGCCAGCACCAUGACCUGGGACGAAGCCUUCUUCCACAUCGAGAAUACCUUCCCGCCGGCGUCCUACAGGCCCGCCUUGGUCCCGUCCAUCCCCCCCCUUACCCCCAACAUUGCCAGCACGACAUCAGUUUGCAUCAGUUGGUCCAUGUUGCCUUCAUGUUCCCCAGGUGCCCCAAAGCAUCAACAUAAGUCAUAA